UAUACAUUCCUCCAAGUUUUAUUUACAGAUUUAGACAAGAACAUCCGUCCCCAAAUGUCGUCCGCCUUGUUCAAACUUCUACUACUUGUGUUCUUCGUUAUUAUGUUUAAUCCUCAGAAGUCGGAGGGGCAGUUCAAAGAGUGGUGCAUGGCUGAUGAGCAAACACCAGAUGAUGAGUUGCAGAUGGCAUUGGAUUGGGCUUGUGGGAGGGGAGGUGUAGAUUGCAGAGAGUUACAAGCAAAUAAAGCUUGUUUUAUGCCAAACACUGUGAGAGAUCAUGCUUCUUAUGCCUUCAACAGUUACUACCAAAAGUUCAAGAAGAAUGGAGCUACUUGCUACUUCAAUUCAGCUGCUAUGAUCACUGAUCUUGAUCCAAGUCAUGGUUCGUGCAAAUACGAAGCUAUCCCUUGAAACAAAUCGAGGACUUAGACCGAGACUUGGUUGAAGAGAGUACAGUAUAAGCUGUGUUUUUUUUAACUAGUUAUACCUAUUUCAAUUAAAAAAAUUUAACUGUUACGAAAUUAUUUUUUUGUCCGGAUAAGUUAAUUUAAAAUUAUUUUUCGGGUUAAAUUAUGUUAUUAAAUUAUAAAAAAAUGAAUUUAUAAUAUUAAAUUUAUAGGGUCAUUGCUGAUUCGAAUUCAACAGUCCAUUUUGUAGCUCUUCAAGAACUUCCUCAUCAACUUAAUAGCUUCCAUGUCCAGCCCAUUUUGUAUUAUUAUCAAAAACCCAAUUCCUCU